AUAUAGGUCAUAUUGUGAAACUGAAACUAUUACUAAAAGAUUUUUAAAAAAAUUUAAAUUUAUUAUUCACAAAUGUGUAUUAUUGUAUGCUACUUAUAUAAUCUGCCUGUCUUAUGACUGAACAUUUAUAUUAUUAGACAAAAUUAAUGGAUGAUGACCUUAAUGUAACAUAUGUAACACUUGGUGGGCAUGUGGAAGUGCACAAAUACAGGUAUCUUUAUUUUUUUAUCAUUUUUACAGCAUAUAUUCUAAUAAUCUGCUUUAAUUUCACCAUUGUGUGUCUCAUCUGUUUUCACAAAAACCUUCAUGAACCUAUGUACAUUUUCAUUGCAGCGUUGUUACUGAACUCUGUUGUUUUCAGUACUAAUAUCCACCCAAAGUUGUUAAUUGACUUUUUAUCUGAAAAACAGAUCAUAUCAUAUUCAGCCUGUCUCUUUCAGUUUUAUCUGUGUUAUACAUUAAGUGGUUCAGAAUUCUUACUCUUGGCAGCCAUGGCCUAUGACAGGUAUGUGUCUAUCUGUAAACCUCUGCAAUAUCCAACUAUCAUGAGAAAAACGACUGUAAGUAUUUUUCUGGUUUUGGCUUGGCUUCUGCCUGCUUGUCAGAAUGUAGUUCCAGUAAUACUGAGUGCAGAUAUGAAACUUUGUAAUCUAGUAGUAGAAGGAUUUUUUUGCAACAAUUCAAUGUACAGUCUCCACUGUGUGAGUUCAAGAGCACAAUCUGUAUUUGGUGUUAUUGCUUUGAUAAUUGCAGCACUUUUCCCUUUUCUAUUCAUACUAUUUACAUAUACUAGGAUACUUAUAAUAUCUUACAGAAGUUGUAGAGAUGUCAGGAAAAAAGCUGCACAGACCUGUUUACCUCACCUGCUGGUUUUAAUCAGCUUCUCCUGUUUGUGUGCAUAUGACAUAAUUAUAGUUCGACUGGGGUCUGAUUUUCCAACAGCUGCACGUUUCAUAAUGACUUUACAAACAGCUCUGUAUCAUCCUCUAUUCAAUCCAAUUAUAUAUGGACUAAAAAUGAAAGAAAUAUCUAAACACCUGAAGAGGUUGAUCUGUCAAACCAAAGUAAUGUGA